GAGGGGAAGGGAGCCUCUUAAUUUGGGGGAGGUUUUGGACCCUCCCCUCUAGUUUGCCAAACAAGGUGCAACGGGGAGGGGAAGGCCAAACAAAAGGGUAAACUGCAAAGCUCUUGUUAGGAUUUUUGAUCUUUUGAAGGAAGGAAAUAGAUCCAGACCCGGUCACCGCCUUCUGACUUUUGAGAGGAGGAAAGGGAAGGAGAAGAAAAGACAAGGAAAGCUGGCAACCCGCAGGUAGGGCUUGAUCGGGUUUCUGGUUUUGAGUAGGCAGCCGAAGAUCUCACAAAUAGCCACCCUCCUCCGGCAUCCGGUGAAACCAAUUCUCACACUCUGAUCAGCAAUGGCGGCCCUCUUAUAUCACAUGUUCUCCUCGUCUGCAUUGGUGUCACUUGGUCUCUACAACCUCAUCGCCUCAACUCGCAGCUAUCUCAAAUCCCCUCAUUCCUACUCCGCCAAACCCUUCCACCCCUUUCCUCCUUCCUCCUCCAAUACUCAGAAUCACCGUCUUCGUUACCUCCCUCUCUACCUCGUCUCCGCCUGUCUUCUCAUCGCCUUCAUCCAUCAGCUCAUUAUUUCCUCCGAUUCCGACCCUCUCCUAAAAGGUCACACCCCAGUUCACCGUUUCACCUCACUCCAAUCUGCCGCUGUCCUCUUCCUCUUCCUCAUCCUCUCCCUCUCUCUUUUCCUCUCCGAUUCCUCCACCCUUCUUCCCCUCCCCAAUGAUCUCAUCUUUGCCCUGGCUUCUGCCCUUUUCUUCUUGCAAUACUCCGUCUCCGCCGCCUCUGCUUCCGUCCAGACAUCUGAUCUUGAGGCGAAAUGCAACUCUGUUUCUGCCCGCAUUUCAGCUACCGCUGCCCUUUUGUGCCUAGUUAUUGCUUGUAAGCCUAGGCUCUUCGUUGCCGAUAUUGGUUUGGGAGCUUCUCUAAUCUUGCAGGGGCUUUGGGUUUUGCAGACUGGAUUGUCCCUUUACGUUGACGCAUUUAUUCCCGAAGGAUGUCAUCGUUUGCUUGAUGUGGUAAAUGGGGUUGAGGGAUCGACCAAGUGUGAUGUUGAGGAAUUCAAGUUCAGAGCUGUGGCUAUUCUGGAUCUCUUGUUUUUGGUUCAUGUGAUGUUUCUGGUGGUCAUUGUCAUGAUCACUUAUGCUGUCGUUGCAAAAAGCGUUGGCGUCCGGAGAUCUGGCUCCUACGACGCCUUGCCUAACAGUUCUUCCCCUUCUGAAAGUAAUCAUAGUCAUAUACAGAUGAAAUCAUUGACUGGCGUGCAGGCUUGAAUCAUUCCUGUACCUUUUCCCUUUUCACUGCUCAGCACUUCUUUCUGAUGCAAUUCCUUUUUCUUCGGCAAUAUUAGUAUGAUCGUUGUGCUAGUUUUGCAGUUAAGCUUUGAACCAGAAUCCGCUUAUGUUUUCUGGGACUUGAUCCAGUUCUAACACUUCAAGAUUUCCUUGAGGGGUCCAUGACUUGUUCACAGCAUAUACAAUCAAUCGUUAAUUUGCAGGCAGUCUCAGAUGCCUGAAAAUUGGAAACACAUGCUAGAAACUAGGGCGAGCCAACAACAUUCACGGUGGUCUUAGAUUUCUUAAAAAGUUUGUAUGACUCCGCUAUGGGAAGGAAAUAUGUCCUGCAACAUAUCAGUGGAAUUAGGAAUUUCAGAAGAUAUAUGAAGAGUUCAUAUCUCACCGUUAUUAGAAAAACAAAUAUAAGUAACUGAGUAUAACUAAUUGAACACAUCAAUUGAGAUAUGGUAUAGCUUUGAGAGUGCGUGGGCUACUAGGCCAGUGGAGCUGCACAGUGACUUUUCUCUUACAUGUGCAUGUGCUGUCUCUUAUUCUUGAAGUGUUCUCAUUUUUGGAAACAGCCUGCAAGUUGAUAUUUUUAGAACCGAUGCUUCCAUGGCUGAAUGUUAUUCAGUCUAAUGCAGUGGAAUUUUUACUGUAACUAUCAAGUUCCUUUAAUUUUAUAUCCCCCAUUUUGGUCUUCUGUUAUUGUCUUGGGCUCUAGUUCUUAAGGAGUUUAUGAGCAAAUUUUUUUA